UUGUGUAGUUGUGGGUCCAAGAUCGGAAAGAGCCGAGUUCUUUCCAAAAAAAUCUUUUCACUCAAAAAUUGAGGGGGGUGGUUUAAGACCUAAAUUAAAAACAAAAACAAACAAACAAAAAACACUUGAAGCAGAUAAAAAAAGAGCUUUGAGUAUUUUAAUUGUAUAUCCAGGCAACAUAGAAACUAAAACGGGGUAGGCCUUUCAACGCCGUUUAUAAAACAUGUUAUUAUUAAUAGUUUAGGAGGAAAGACGGAAGAGAAAUCAUUUUAGAAAAAUGUAGAAACGAAAAAUGGAGAGUAAGAAGCAGAGAAGAGAGGGGAGAGAGAGAGGCAGGGAGAAGCUGGGCCAUUAAGAAACACACCUGAUUGUAAACGGAUGUAAACCCCGAAGGCUAAAGAUUUAAAAAAAAGCAAAACUGCUACGUCUAAUAACGAAGCCACUCCAGACUAGAAAAUGGCACUACGGUAACCAUGCCCUCUUGGACCAGCGACGUGAUCAUUACGUGAUGGGCUGCGGGGCGAGCAAAGUACUUCCUGAGCCGCCCAAGGAUGUCCAGCUGGACCUGGUCAAGAAGGUGGAGCCCUACACAGGCCAGACAACUGACAAGUACAAGCACUUCAUCAAGGACGAUGGCAGCGGGGGCAAGGCUGUUAAUAAGAUGGGCUCUCCCUCCCCACCACAGGCCACCAACAACCCCUACCCUGGAGGACCGGUCAAUGGUCACCCGGACCCAGGCGACCCCAGAAGGAACAAGGUGGCUAAGUACCGGGCCAAGUUCGACUCUCGGGUCACGGCCAAGUACGAUAUCAAAGCCCUGAUCGGCCGUGGGAGCUUCAGCAGGGUGGUGCGGGUGGAGCACAAGAGCACCAAGCAGCCGUACGCCAUCAAGAUGAUCGAGACCAGGUACAGGGAGGGCCGGGAGGUGUGCGAGUCCGAGCUCAACGUGCUCCGCAGGGUGCGGCACACCAACAUCAUCCAGCUCAUCGAGGUGUUCGAGACGCAGGAGCGUGUCUACAUGGUGAUGGAGCUAGCCACCGGCGGGGAGCUGUUCGACCGCAUCAUCGCCAAGGGCUCCUUCACAGAGCGGGAUGCCACGCGAGUCCUGCAGAUGGUCCUGGAUGGGGUGAAGUACCUGCACACCUUGGGAAUAACACACCGCGACUUGAAACCAGAGAACCUGCUCUACUACCACCCGGGCAGCGACUCCAAAAUCAUGAUCACAGACUUCGGUCUGGCCAGCACCCGUAAAAAAGGGGAUGAUUGCCUUAUGAAAACGACUUGCGGCACACCUGAGUAUAUUGCCCCCGAGAUCCUUGUGCGGAAGCCCUACACGAACGCUGUGGAUAUGUGGGCGCUAGGCGUGAUCUCUUAUAUACUGCUUAGUGGGACCAUGCCAUUUGAAGAUGAUAAUAGGACACGGUUAUACAGGCAGAUAUUGAAGGGAAAAUACAGUUACUCCGGGGAGCCCUGGCCGAGUGUUUCCAACCUUGCCAAGGACUUUGUUGAUCGUGUGGUCACUGUCGACCCCAACGAGAGGAUGACAGCCAGCCAAGCCUUGAAGCACCCCUGGAUCGUGACCAUGGCUGCCUCCUCUUCUAUGAAGAACCUGCACCGCUCCAUUUCCCAGAACCUCCUGAAGAGGGCGUCGUCUCGCUGUCAGAGCACCAAGUCUGCCCAGUCCACCCGCUCCAGCCGCUCCACUAAAUCCAACAAGUCGAGGCGCGUGCGGGAGCGCGAACUGCGGGAACUCAACCUGCGCUACCAGCAACAGUAAGAGGGAGGGCUGAGAGAGAACUGCAGGAACUCAAUCUGCGCUACCAGCAACAGUAAGAGGGAGGGCUGAGAGAGAACUGCAGGAACUCAACCUGCGCUACGAGCAACAGUGAGAGAGAGAACUGCAGGAACUCAACCUGCACUACCAGCAACAGUGAGAGAGAGGGCUGAGAGAGAACUGUAGGAACGCUACCUGCACUACCAGCAACAGUGAGAGAGAGGGCUGAGAGAGAACUGCAGGAACUCAACCUGCACUCCCAGCAGCAGUGAGAGAGAGAGGGCUGAGAGAGAACUGCAGGAACUCAACUUGCACUAGCAGCAGCAGUGAGAGAGAGGGCUGAGAGAGAACUGCAGGAACUCAACCUGCACUCCCAGCAGCAGUGAGAGAGAGGGCUGAGAGAGAACUGCAGGAACUCAACCUGCACUCCCAGCAGCAGUGAGAGAGAGAGGACUGAGAGAGAACUGCAGGAACUCAGUCUGCGCUACCAGCAGCAGUGAGAGAGAGGGCUGAGAGAGAACUGCAGGAACUCAACCUGUGCUACCAGCAGCAGUGAGAGAGAGGGCUGAGAGAGAACUGCAGGAACUCAACCUGCGCUACGAGCAACAGUGAGAGAGAGAACUGCAGGAACUCAACCUGCACUACCAGCAACAGUGAGAGAGAGGGCUGAGAGAGAACUGCAGGAACUCAACCUGCACUACCAGCAACAGUGAGAGAGAGGGCUGAGAGAGAACUGCAGGAACUCAACCUGCACUCCCAGCAGCAGUGAGAGAGAGAGGGCUGAGAGAGAACUGCAGGAACUCAACUUGCACUAGCAGCAGCAGUGAGAGGAAGGACUGAGAGAUUAGGGAGGAAUGACACUGCUCUUCCACUUGACCCUUUUUUAUUUUAUUUAACACUUUAGUUUAAGGAUCUCUUGUGUAUGUAUAAAUAAUCCAGUAAAUUAUCUAUAA